AUGCCUAUUGGUGUUCCCGGGCUCCAAGGUUUCCGUGGACUGGAAGGUCCAAAAGGUAUGAUGGGUGACCCUGGACCUAACGGCAUUGUACUCCAAGCGCGUAAAGGUGAAAAGGGAACUCCUGGUCCUGACGGCUACAAAGGAAUGAAAGGGCAAAAAGGACCUAAAGGUAAGAGAUUACACCUUGUUAUAAUAGUUCCGGAAAAUUAG